UCCGGUUUCGGCGCGCGAGAUUUGUGUUGUUGUGCUGCGAGCGAGCACAGUAGCUAGCAAGAUGGUUGUUUAGCAAGAAUUUUUUUUAAAUUACCUGUAUUAGUUUAUUUUUGUGUUUUCGUGUGAACAUUUUGUUAGGAGUUUUUUCUCUCGACAUGAACAACAACAGUCUUACAGUUCGUCAUGGUGUGCCCUAUUUUUAGGUGUAACUCGAGUUCUUUGGAAUGGAUAUAUCCCUAAAAACCAUGUACGACGCUUUCAAAAAUGAAAUCUGGAAAGAGCUGGGACAAUUAGACCCAAACUGGUUUGAAGUACUAACAGCUCAAACGUCUCCUAAUGAAAGAAAUGUUCCUGAUAAGGAUGAACUAUGUGCAAACCAAGAGGGAAAUUUCAAAACACCUUUGGAGAAAACGGCAUCGGACAGUCAGUUGUUUUCAACGCCCAAGGCUUUCAGACAAAUUCGAACUGUGUCACCUGAGCCUGAGGAUGAGCGGUCAUUCACAGCUGCACAAGAAAGAGCACCAUUACCAUGGAUGGCAACACAAAGUCCUUGUUUAUUUCAGGUGUCAGGACAGGGUGUUGGUCUGUUCACUGCCCUGGAUGAGAAAUGUGAAGCUGUUGAGCCUCACAAUGAGGACAGUUUGGAUUUACUCACUACACCAAACAAAUCUUCGGUCAAAUAUGCCAAGCAUAUUAGUGAAAGCCUUGGUGCCCAGAUAAAUCCUGACAUUUCUUGGACAAGUUCUUUGAAUACACCCCCAGCAGUGCCAUCCACCCUGAUUUUAUCUAAAACUGAUGAGAGUCCCUGUCCAUUAAGUGUUACUGCAGACAGAAAUUUUGUUUUUGUACGGAAGCUUUUCCCUUCUCUUUCAAAAGCAUCUUCAGUAGACGUACCCAAAAACAAAGCUAUUCCUUCUGUUUCCCAAGGUGCUGUGUCUUUUGAGACCCAAAACUGCCUUCAGUCUUCAUUAAAUCAGACUGAGGAUGUUUGGCAACAAGAGCCUCCAGAUGAUGUUGACAACGAAGAAGUUUGUAACAAAGUAGAAGAAAAUCUUGAUGCAGCUGAAACUGUUGACUCUAAUUUCUUUGCCAACAGUAGUUCAGCUUUGAGAAAAGUGAAACCCGACAGAAUCAAAUGUAAACAAAUCAUUCAAGCAAAGGAGAAGUGCAGCUCUAAAGAUGUCACAGGAUUACACUGUUCUCCAUCAAGUGUAGAAGCAACAGCUGAUCUGAAAUCUGUUAGAUUACCCUCAACCCCACUGUCAAAAAUUGGAGAUCCUGCAAUCAGUCAGUGGUCUCCUUUAAAUUUAUCUGAAAUCCCACCUUGUGCUUUGGAGAGCAGUGUUUUGACAAAGCAAGGUGACACAGAAUCUGUUGAGCUCUUCAGACCAUCAAUGAAUAUCCCAGACUUUGGAUUUAUCAAGCAAAAGAGAAAAUUUGUUUAUACAAUUCCAUCUUCAAAAACACAAGUUCAAGGAAAAGAACAUCAGUCUCAGAAGAUGGACUCAGCAUUUGGAGUUUCAGAUUGUGGACAAGAACUGAAUGUCAAACUUUUGGAGAAAGUCCCUGGUGAAUCAGAGGGCUGCAACACACAGAAGAACACUUUCCAGAAUCAAAGAAAAAUAAUGGGAGAAAAUAGAGGAGCAAAAAUCCAAGAUUUUGACAUGUCACAGCUUUGCAAAGAGUUCGCACAAGACUUUAGCCAAGCAGUACCGGUAAUUUUUGGCCAGAAGGAUAAAGUAGCAAAGGAUUCUUUAAAUAACUUCUCUCCUUCAACCUGUCUCUCAGCCAUGAAACAAGCAAAGCAAAAUGCAAAACAAGCUGAUCUUCAUGAAAGUGAUGGCACCAAUAACAGAAGACAAACUUGUUCAGUUAGUCCUGGUACUGCAAGUGACAGUGGAAUGCAGUCCGGUGUUGCAGACGUCACUUGUACGACCUCCUCAUCAGAAAAUGCUGGUUCAAGUCAACAGCAUGUUAGUACUUUUCUAUUUACCAAAGAAGAAAUUUGGAAAGAACAUUUAGAAGUAGAAAGUAAAACCACACUGCAGAACUUUAUGGAAAGGGAGACAUUGGACCCUGGAAAAGAAAGUGGAUCACACAUAGAGACCAAGCCAACAUGUCAGCCCAGCAUUACAGAAGUUGUCCAAAAAAGUGACUGUAUUCCAUUAAGUAGUCAGAUUUAUGACAGUCUACCAAAGAAAACCAACGCUUCGCUCUCUUCUGCAUAUUCAUCGGGAUUCAGAACUGCUUCAGAUAAAGGAAUACACAUCUCCUCAGCCAGUCUGGAGAGAGCAAAGUGUCUCUUUGAAGAAACUGAAGGUAAAAAGAUUUUUAAUAAUCAAUUCACCAAAUAUGACCACCCUGCUAAGCCUAAAAUCAGCCUGAGUAAUCGGCCUCUCACAAACAAAAAUUCUACCUCAAACCAACUAUCUCAUUUGGAAGAAACACUUGGAAAUAGUUCUCAGUUAACAGCUUCUGAAAAAGUUGAUGUGACAGAACUGUGCUCUCUCUUAGAAGAAGCGGACAGUCAGUUUGAUUUUACACAGCCCAAAACUGCAAAACUAAUACAAAAAGAUCAAGAUGAUGCCAAUCCAUCACAAAAACCUGACCGAGAACUUGACCCAGAUUUUCUUGCUGGUAUAAAUUUUGAUGACAGCUUCAAUUCAGAUGGUGGAAAGAACUCUGCAAACACUGUGAUGCUUGACAAAAUGGCCUUGGUUUCAGAUCAGUCCACAAGUCAGUCCUCAGAUCUAUCAUCUUCAACUGCACUGAAAAAUCAAAGUUCUUCGGUAGCUCCUUUCUUGGAAAACAUUUCUGAAGACAAUAAUCAUCUUAUUUUAACUGGACCCAAUAAUUUCCACACAGCUGAGCAUGGUGAACCAAGCAAACUGAACAACUGCAACCCUUUAAUGUUUGAUGUGGCUUUCACAACAGCAGGAGGAAAUAUGUUGAGAGUUUCAAAAACAUGUUUGAGCAAAGCACAAGCUUUGUUUGCAGGUUUAGAGAAGAAUCUGACAGAUCAAAAACCACUAGGCCAGCAAAAUGCUAAAAUUGAUGCCAAAACAGAUCAAAACUGCAGCAUGGACUAUGACACAUGCAAGAAGGUUUUGAAGUUCACAUCCAAGGAUAAGUGUCAUGUUGAGAAGAAUAUUCAAGACUGUUUUUCCAAAACAGAGCAGUCUGUAUAUCCAUAUAAACAGGUCCCAAAUGUUGAAGAUAAGGAUUGCCCCAAGAGUUUCAAAAACAACAAAAUGGACACCAAAGUGUUACAAAGUGAUUUCCACAUGGCUAGUGGGAAAGGGAUCUCUAUUUCAACAAAAUGCAUCCAACAAGCAGACGCUUUCUUCAAAGACUGUAAUAUAAUGGGGCAUAAAGAUGACAUGCCUCAUAAGAAAGAUGUACAAGCGUCAGCUAAAAGCACUGAAAAUAAGAGCUUUUCAAAAUACAAAAACCUAAAGGUCAACACCUCUGAGGAACAUGUUGCUGGGUGCACCACAUCUGAAAAGGUAAAUGCAGGACUAAUUGCACUUCACACAAAAGGACCACAUGUUAAUGGAGAGGACAUAAGCAGUAAUGGUUCACCUGCUUUGAAGGAUGCAAAGUCUUUCCAUGGAAACCCAUUUACAACUUCAUUGCCAUUUUCUACACCUUGCACAUCAAACAUUGUUUUGUCUGCCGUUAAUGGGUUCUGUACAGCCAGUGGAAAGAAAGUCUCUGUGUCAGCUGACGCAGUGAGAAGGGCUGAAUGCCUCUUGAAUCAGAUUAACAUGCAUGAUGAUGUAAACCUACAGCUUAAUCGAAAGGAAAGUGCAAAAAAUACAGGAGAUUGCGGGGAUGAGGGCUUAAAUGUAAAAAAUAUGGGAUUUCAGACAGCUCAAGGAAAAGAAGUUGCCAUUUUGUCAGCUCAAAAGAAAACAAAGACCUUAAUAAAAGAAUGUGAAAGUGACAAGGAUGCAGCCAGUGGUGAACCUGUAGUGGUGUCAUCUGAGGACUUACAGAAGACUAAGACAGUCUGCACUGAUACCAGUUUGAGCAUAGAUAUCCCAACAGUUUUCAACACAAAGGGUGAUGAAAAACACAAAGACGCUCAAGAUAAAACCGAGAAAAGACACUGUGGAUUUACAACAGCAGGUGGGGCAAAAGUCCAUGUUUCACAAAAGAACCUUUUAAAAGCCAAAGAUCUUUUCAAGGAUUUUGACGAUUUGGAUUUAACCAAAGCAAUGCGAGAGGCAGAUGCUUUCUUUGACUGUGAUGUGGAUGACGAUGAAAGUCCAGAAGGUAACAAAGAUGAUGCAGAUGUGAGCGCGGGUGCUAAGAGCAAGAAGGAAAAUCUUGUCAAACUUGAUCCAGAUCAAAGUAUUACAGUAAAUAAUUCAGAAGAACCUAAAAUAAGAUCUGCUGUGGACAUGAGCAAACAAUUGAAACCAAAAAAAGAGACCUUACCACAGCAGAAUAGUGGAUUUCAGACAGCCAGUGGAAAAAGUGUCCAUAUAUCAUCUGAGGCUUUAAAGAAAGCAAAAACCUUGUUAAGUGAUUUUGAAAGAGUUGAGAAUACAUUAAAUUCAACUCUACCACAGUCUGAAGUCGGUGUUCUGCCAUGUAGGAAUGCUAGCUUUAUUUCUGGCAAUGGUAAACCUGUAACACUUUCACCUGAGGCCCUUCAAAAGGCACAAUCUCUCUUCAGUGAUAUUGGUAUGAGUGCAGAAAUCCCAGACAUUUCACGGACAACAAAAAUUGACAAGAAACAAAACAGUGGUAACAAUACAGAGAAAUUACUUUGUGGUUUCACAACUGCAGGUGGAGCAAAAGUCCACGUGUCAGAAAACAAUCUUCUAAAGGCAAAACUUCUGUUCGAAGAAUGUGACAAUUCAUCAAAAACAAGUCUGGAUGCAGAUGUAUCUUUUAAAAAGGAAAUAGACUGCAUUGUAAGCAGCAACAGUAAAAUAUUGUCUGAACGCAAAAGUAGAGCUGUUUGUAGUGAAGAUGAUAGUUUGAAUAAAAAUGUAUUCAAACAUCAAUCUGUAACAAGAAAUGUUUCUGAUGAGCCUGGAAAUGGAUUCACAAAGGACAUUAAAGAACAAGUGAAACGAAGAGAAGGCGCUUUACUUCAACAAAAAAGUGGAUUUCAGACAGCUGGUGGGAAAUUAGUUGCUGUGUCAUCUGAAGCUCUGUCAAAAGCAAAAAUCUUGUUAAAUGAAAAUGAAGCUAAGGAAAACAUGCAUGUCUCGUUGCCAUCUUCCAAGAUUCCUGUCACUGAAACCUUUUCUUGGAAAAGUGGGUUUUCUUCAGCCAGCGGUAAACCUGUAACAUUUUCAUCUGAGGCCUUGCAAAAAGCUAAAGCUCUUUUCGGCGACACCAGUUUGAGUACAAACAACUCAACUCUUCCAGACACAAAGAGGAGUGAUGAGAAACAUGAUGUUCAAAGCAAAGCUGAAUAUAUACACUGUGGUUUCAUGACGGCAGGAGGAAGACAAGCCCACAUUUCAGAGAAAAGUCUUUUGGAAGCAAAACAGUUUUUGAAAGAAUCUGCUGAUGGAGAGCACAGUUCGUUUUCAAACCCAAGUCCACAAAACACAAUGAAACUGGAGCCACCAAAAGCAAAAAAUGUGGAAAGAACUGAUAAUCUUACCUCUCUCAGCGAUGAGAAUAGUCAUGUAAAGAGAAGUGAUCCAUGUGAAAGAAGGUCAUUUUCUACCACGACAGGAGUAGAAAACCUAAAAGAUGUUGAGGAGUCAAACAUGUUGGGUUGUAAUAUUAAUCAGACAAGUUACAGCAAGACAACUGAAGUUCAGAGAACAGAAGAGUCUUCAGAUCUCAACUUACAGCUACUAAAUUUCACCGGUUGCACAGAAACUCAGCACAGGUUUCUUGCACAAGAAGCUCUGGACUGCACAAAAGCCCUGCUAGAAGAUGAAGUGCUUGCUGGACAGAAUCUCUUAGUCAUUUCAGAAGAUACAACUCAGCCAGAUGAACUAAAAUCAAGCAACAGAUUAACAGAGGAUGAAAAAGGAAGGAAGAGACUGUUAAAAGACACAGAUCUCACUGGUCAUCCUCCUUCUAAAAGAAGAUUACUGGAUGAGUUUGACAGAACUUUUGAUAGUUCAAAAGGUUCAGUUCUUCAUCCUGUAAAAAGUUGUCCAAAUGGUUUAAUAAAAGACAGGGGAGUUUUUAAGUACAGUGCCUCACUUCAUCCAAACAUCACAAAUCCACACAGUGCUUCAAAACACUACAAAGACACAAGAUUUCAAAAGACAACAGUACCGCAAGCCUCAGCCUCAGGAGAUGGCAGAGGAUCACACCCCAAGAUGCUGUUUGUUCCGCCAUUUAUCAAAAAUUCAAACAGAGAAAUUCCCAAGAAUCCGGACCCUAAAGAAAACACCAGAACACCUGUGUUUGUUCCACCAUUCAAAAAGCAAAGAACUGUAUUACAGAAAAGCUUCUCUAAACAACCAGAAGAACAAGAUAAACGCCAACUUACCUCUACAGUAGAGCCUACCAGUAACAUAUAUGUACCACCUGCUAUAAAAACUCAAAGCACUACAGAUGCUUCAGUCGACACUAGAAACCAAAAUGUGUCAAAUAAUGCAAGUGUUCCUGUAAACUGUGAGGUAAUGAGUUCUGAAGCAGAGGCAUCAGUUGUGGAUGACGCAUUUUCCAGUGACCAAGAUGAGCAUCAGAAUAUUGAGCUGGCACGGGCUAUGCAGGACAUGAGGAUCAGGAAGAAGAGGCGCCAGACCAUUAGACCUCUGCCAGGAAGCUUAUUUUUAACAAAGACUUCUGGAGUGGCAAGGAUCUCAUUAAAAGCUGCGGUGAAUGGAAAGAACCCAGCAAGAUACAACCCAAAACAGCUUUAUGAAUGCGGAGUCCAAAGGAAUGUUUUUGAGAUGACCAGUGAGACUGCAGAGUCGUUUCGCUUCAAUUUGCUGCAGUUUUUCAAGCGGGAAGCCUUUAAAGGUGGAGAUGGUGUUCACCUUGCUGAUGGGGGAUCGUUGAUCCCCAGCAAUGAUUGGACAGCAGGAAAGGAGGAAUUCUAUAGAGCAUUAUGUGACACUCCUGGUGUAGAUCCUAAACUAAUCAGUGAGGCAUGGGUGUACAAUCACUACAGAUGGAUUGUGUGGAAGCAGGCCUCAAUGGAAAAAUCUUUUCCAGAAACAAUGGGCAGCCUUUGUCUCACUCCGGAGCAGGUUCUUCUACAGCUGAAGUACAGGUAUGAUGUGGAGGUGGACCACAGCCGCAGGCCAGCUCUGAGGAAGAUCAUGGAAAAGGACGACACAGCGGCCAAAACUCUUGUUUUGUGUGUUUGCGAGAUCAUUUCCAGGGGCCACGCUCCAAACAGGCAGAGUCACAAUGCCACAAAAACACCACAAAGUGCUGACGCCAAGAUAGAAACGUCACAUGCCGUCGUCCGGCUUACAGAUGGUUGGUACGCCGUCAGAGCUCAGCUGGACGAACCUUUGACUGCUAUGCUUCACAAAGGCCUGCUGACUGUUGGUGUCAAGCUGAUCAUCCACGGGGCUCAGCUAAUAGGAUCACAAGAUGCCUGUUCCCCUCUGGAAGCACCUGAUUCCCUUGUGUUAAAGAUUUGUGCCAAUAGCAGCAGACGUGCACGAUGGGAUUCUAAACUGGGAUUUCAAAGAGACCCACGACCAUUCCUGCUUCCACUCUCCAGUUUAUUUAGCAAUGGGGGGCCUAUAGGAUGUGUUGAUAUUGUCAUUUUAAGAAGCUACCCCAUACAGUGGAUGGAGAGGAAAGCAGAUGGAGGUAUUGUGUUCCGGUCCUCUCGAGCAGAAGAGAAGGAGGCCAGACUGUUCAACAACCACAAACAAACAGCUAUGGAGACACUCCUUGCCAAGAUCCAAGCUGAAUUUGAAAAAGAGGAUAAAGAGAACGGCAAAUGGCAGCGGAGAAGGCAAUCCAUCAGCCAUCAUGAUGUUUCAAACCUCCAGGAUGGAGAGGAACUGUAUGAAGCAGUUGGAGAUGAUCCAGCUUACCUUGAGGCUAAGUUGAGUGAAGAACAGUUGGAGACCCUACAUGCCUACAAGCGUUCAUUGAUGGAGAAGAAGCAAGCUGAGCUGCAGGAUCGAUAUCGUCGAGCUUUAGAGGCAGAGGACAACAAACUGAGCUGUCCCAAAAGGGAUGUCACUCCUGUGUGGAGACUUUACAUCGCUGACUCAAAAACCCAAUCUAAUCGUGUUCAUCAGUUGAAUCUUUGGCGACCCUCCUCAGAUCUUCAGUCUUUGUUGAAGGAAGGUUGUCGAUACAAGGUUUAUAACCUCGUUGCCUCAGGGGGACAGAAACGAAGCAGCGUUGAAACAGUUCAGCUCACUGGGACAAAGAAGACCCAGUUUCAGAACCUACAGGCCUCCCAGGAGUGGCUGUCAGACUAUUUCCAACCAAGAGUCGCAACAGACUUUGUGAAACUUCAAAAUGCAGAAUUCCAGCCUCUGUGUGGAGAGGUUGAUCUCACAGGAUGUGUUAUCAGUGUUAUAGAUGAACAUGGAACAUCUCCUGCAUUUUAUUUGGCUGAUGGGAAACUGAACUUUGUGAAAGUGCGCUGCUUCAGUGGUUUAUCUCAGGCCGGUCUUGAAGAUGUGAUAAAACCACGCGUCCUUUUAGCUCUGAGCAACCUGCAGCUCAGGGGACAAUCCUUACAUCCAACUCCUGUUGUGUAUGCUGGUGAUCUGACGGUCUUAUCUACAAACCCCAAGGAUGUUCAUCUUCAGGAAUCCUUCAGCCAACUGAAAAACCUGCUCCAGUGUCAAAACAACUUUUUUCAAGUUGCUGAAGAAAAGCUUUCACUUUUAGUCAAGUCUGAUGGCACAAAGUUCAUCUACUCUCCAUCUCUGCGACCACAGACCCCAGUCUCUGAAACAGGCAGAAAACAAGACUCAAAGACAACUGAAACAUUUCAGAAAGCAGACCAAAACCUUGGAUCUUUCACACCCGUCGGCAGGAACCCUCCAGCAGGAACGUCUUCGUCAGACUCCAAAAGCCUGAAAAGAAGAAGCGCUCUGGAUUAUCUGUCCCGUAUCCCGUCUCCACCACCUCUGUCUCACCUGGCCUCAGCUGUUCCUCCAUGUGUAAAUAAAACAUUUAAGCCCCCUCGGAGGUCUGGGCCACCCAGCACUUUAAAAUCUGCAACGACUACAGUACAAAAACCCACUGACUCUCUGGUGGAGGAUGGAUGGGUGAAUGAUGAGGAACUGGCUAUGAUUGACACUCAGGCUCUGCAUGUUGGGGGGCGCGCUCGCAAAUGCACCCGUUUGUUGCGCGAACGGAAGUACUACGUCACUUCCCAGGAAAGAUCGGAGAUGAGUCUGUUGAUAAAAGCUCUAAACGUGCCACCACUGACCACAACAGUCCAGACCUAUGUAAGGGACGAAGUGUUAAAGGAGGUUGGACUCACCAGCACAGCUUUCAUUGGACCAGCAUUUCCCCCAGAAACAUCCCCGGCCAAAUGCAACAUGGAUGACGCCCUGAGUAAGUUUUAUGAGGAACUUGAGAAGAUUGAUCCACCAGAUCUAAACCAGACUGAAAGUAAUCCAGAGAAAGAUGAUGGUCCAUCACAACCUCCUGAAUUAUCUGCCAGCAAAGAGACGCGGGAUGAACCUGAGGGAAAGCUUCAUAUCACAAAGACUUCUUCAGAAACGAGCAGCUACCAGAGUAAACGGGAACAGACAAACAUCUCCUGGCCUCAUUGGUAUCGAAAUGAGCCGUACCAACUCAAACAGAGGCCAACGCCCAACCAGUGUCCUUAUCCUCCAUUUUCAAACAGACCACCAUACCCCAGAUUUGUCCCACCGGCUUUACCUUACCGGUCACAUCCGUCUGCCUGCCCAAAGUCACGAAACCUGCCACUGUAUAUUGAUAACGCCUUCAAUGAUGCUAGAAUGACAAACCAGAGUUACAAUGAAUUUAAUCUUCCAGCACUUCCACCUCCGCACACAUGCCUUCACCCCUCUCAGGGAUUUUAUGGAAAUCCUCCUCAGCGCUUGGGUUGGAAUGACGCAGAUUCAGAUCACAGAACUGCUGGGUGGUCAGGGGACAGAAGAGAAGAGUGGUCUUGGCAUGAUGAAAACUAUGUCUAUGAAAGUUUGCCACAGCAUCCCAACCAACUGCGCGAUAAUACAAACACGUUCCAUUCUUCCCUGGUGCUAAUUCUAAUGAGGGGAUUACCAGGAUCUGGGAAAAGCACAUUGUCGAGGGAGCUGCUCUCCACAGGUCCUAGUGGGGUUAUUCUGAGCACAGAUGAUUACUUUACCCAGAAGAACGGCUGCCGCUAUGAUGUGAGGCUUCUUGGAGCGGCACAUGAAUGGAACCAGAGCAGAGCUAAAGAUGCCAUACAAGGUGGUCGCUCUCCCGUUAUAAUUGACAACACAAACCUCCAAGCCUGGGAAAUGAAGCCAUAUGUCAAAAUGGCGUUAGAGAGAGGAUACAGAGUGGAUUUUUGUGAGCCUGACACCAGCUGGAAGUUUGAUCCAUACGAGCUGGAGAUGCGGAACAAACACGGUGUUUCUCAUGAGAAGAUCAUACAGAUGAUGGAUCGUUUCUCAGCUCUCGUUUCUGUAGACAUCGUCAUGAACUCACAGGAGCCAGCUCAUGUGAAAGAGAGUCGUCGAGCAGAGCAGCCGCACAUCAGGAAAACUUAAUUUGUUUUUCUUUUGUUUGAUUAAAAAGUUUAACCAAAUAAUUGUUCUUGAAGAUCAACACAUUUUUACUUAUGUAAAAAGAACGGGUGUUAAUACACAGAUUUAAUUUAUUAUUUUACGUUUUGUAAAUUUAUAUGAGAAGAACGUUUUCUAAGACGGUCACUUUUUGACCAUUAUUGCUUAAAAAGCAUACAAAUUUUUUUUGCUUUUGAUUGUAAUGACUGAUGUUUAAAAGGUUUUUGUACAUUCUUGUAUGCAACUAGAUUAAAAAUCAAAAGGUUCUCUUUUCAUAUAUGUCAUGUACACACUUAUUCAGUCGCCUACAAGUAAGUUCUGCCAAUUUCAAACUUUUGUAGAUUUCCAGAAAAAAAUUAAAAAUCUGUUUCAAAGCCUUUUGGCA